GAGAGGCAGACUGAACAAUCCAGAGAAAGACAGCAGCAGCAGAUCAUUGUGCUGCCAUGUUUUAUUCCCCUGUAAAGGCAGCGGCUAUAACGGCAACUGCUUGAGACUGCGACUCUUUCUUGUGUAACGCAGAGCGUCUGGCUCCAGGCUGAGAGUCGUCUGGUCUGCCCAUACGAGAUGACAUGACAUGGCCUCAGAGGAGAGGACAUACUGUGCAGACGGGUCCACUGCCAUCCAGGGCUCUUCUGACCAGUGACAAACCACAGCUAUUGUCAGCGCGCUCCAAGAGCAUGGUGCUAGGAGAGUUGUCCCGGGUCUCCAGGCCCUGCUCUCCUCAGGACCAGGACAAGGCCCUGAAGGCCGGCUGGCUCAAGAGACAGCGGAGCAUCAUGAAAAACUGGCAGCUGCGCUGGUUCGUUCUGAGGACCGAAGCUCUUUAUUUUUACAAGGACCAGGAUGAAACCAAGGCACAGGGUUGUAUUCCUCUUCAGGGCAGUCAGGUCAAUGAGCUGCCCGUCAAUCAGGAUGAGCCUGGUCGUCACCCUUUUGAAAUUGUUCCAGGAGUGGCCGGAGAAAAGGAUCGAACUGGCCUCAGCCACGAAUCAUUCCUGCUAAUGGCCAACUCUCAGAGUGACAUGGAGGACUGGGUCAGAGCCAUUCGUAGAGUCAUAUGGGCUCCUCUUGGAGGAGGCGUCUUUGGGCAGCACCUCGAGGAGACAAUGUUGUACGAGGCCCAGUGUGGCCCUCAGCGACUGGUCCCUGUGCUGGUCGAACAGUGCGUGUGCUUCAUACGUGAACAUGGGCUCCAGGAGGAGGGCCUUUUUAGGGCCCCUGGACAGGCCAAUCAUGUUCGCGAGCUGCAAGAUGCCUUCGACCGUGGCGAGAAGCCAGUGUUUGACAGUACCACUGAUGUCCACACAGUGGCAUCACUGCUAAAACUGUACAUACGGGAGCUGCCAGAGCCCAUAAUCCCGUUCUCCAAAUACACACAGUUUCUCUCCUGUGCUCAGCUUCUUACCAAGGACAAAGCAAUGGGUAAAGUGGAGCUAGGCAAACAGGUGAAAUCCCUUCCUCAGGUCAACAACAACCUCCUUACGUACAUCUGCAAGUUUCUGGACGAGGUUCAAUCUCACUCCAGUGAGAAUAAAAUGAGUGUUCAGAAUCUGGCCACUGUGUUUGGACCAAAUAUCCUUCGGCCCAGGGUGGAGGAUCCAGUUGCCAUGAUGGAGGGAAGCACGCAGGUGCAGCACCUCAUGACUGUGUUGAUCAGUGAACACACUAAACUUUACCAAAGGGAGGAGGUCAAAACAGAAACUAAGAUUCCGCCAAAGCAACUGAGUCCUAUCCAACGGUGCAAAGUGGAAUGGCUCUCAGUGGAAGACUCCCUGGCCUCCAAAUCCCCCAAAGAGGAACCCCAACUUUCAACCCCUUCUAAAGACAGUAAGCCAACCGUACCGAGUCCCAUUACAAGGUCAGAGAAGGGUGAGGAUGGUCUAAUUGAAGAAAGGGGCCAAGGUAUGACUGAAGAGAAAGUGGAUGGACAAGCAGAUAGCAAGACUGAAGCCAGAGGGGGAAGUGAGGCACCCGUUAGCCCCAGCAAACAGUCUAAAGCUUCGCCCACCUGGAGGAGCAGCUUCAAAGGAGGUGCAGCAUCUGGGGGGCAGCGGGGGAAAGUGGGGGGGUCGGCGGGCGAUGUGUCAGCGGCUGGUGGGAGCAAUUGGCUGAUCAAUGGCCUGUCGUCCCUUCGAGCUCACAAGCGCACCACCUCAUCUGGGGAAAGACUUCGAGACGCCACUAUGAAGGAUUCGACCCUCUCCCUUAAAGAGACCACCGUUCCAACUAAGGAUACACAGAGACACUCUGAUGAAGACUCCUCUCCAACACCCCUGUAUCACAGGGCCCUCCUCCAGUCACACAGACUGUCGGCAUAUGAAAAUGUCGCCCCUUCCAGUCUGAGCCUUCCUGCUGACACGUCCUCCCCUUGGACUUCCUUUGAGAUCCCGUUGGCCGAGCCAGAGGGAAGCGAUUCGGCAGUGAAAUUAGGGCAGGGUCAAGAGAGACCCACAGAGGUGAGAGACAGUACAGGUCCCCUGGACAACGGCGCAAAAAGUCCUGAGAAAGGUACAAAUGAAGGUCUGACUAGCCUGCUGACCGAGCUCAAGCGGGAGCUGAAGGAACAGAGGACAAGCAACGAGACCUGCAUUCGCAAAUUGGAGGAGUCCUUAUCUGAGUACCAGUCCCAGGUAAACCGCCUUGAGGAGGAGCUGGACCAGGAGAAAAAGAAGUUCCACAUGCUGGAGAUCCGGUUCAGGAACUCGGAGAGGGCACAUCAAGACGCAGAGAACCGAAACAUUCUCCUCCAGAAAGAAAUGGAGGAGUUCUUCAAGACCCUCGGAGAUCUGACCACAGGAGCAACAAGGACCAACUAGAUGAGACCAACCUGCCUUCAUCUGGUUCAUUGGAGGAGGAGAAAUACGAGCUUGAACUACCAGUUAGCUGGACAGCUUUGAAGACCAAAUACCUGGAGUGGAGUACUACUUGCCAUCUUUUCCUCUUUAGUACAGCCGUCUUGUGCCUACACUGUACAGUGCCGGUGCAAAACGAGAUCUCCUCGGGACUAAGCAAUCAUCAUUCUGCAAAAUUCCUUACUAUUAUACCUCAUCUGACAUGUAGCUGAUUAUUUAUGAACAGUGAGACGAACAGGACUAGCUGAUGAUGUGAGGUGGGUGUCUUCCCAUACACCCCGUUCAUAUUCUCAAAGGAAAUGUUAACUUGAUAGUAAAAGAAAGAACAAUGUGAGACAUUAAAAUUCUACGAGUUUUA